GCCAUCUGUUCAUUUCAAAUGGAUCCAGAUUUGCAGGAGGCUUUCAAUGAUGUUCAGAGCUCCGUCUACAGAACAGCCCUAAAACUACGCUCACUACAAAGUCUGUGCCAGUUGGAUUUGAUUGAUGUUUCUCUGAUUCAGCACAUCCUAUCAAGUGAACAGAGCCAGAGGGAAAAGCAGAUUUCUCUGAAAGUGCAGCAGAUCUCUGGAAUGCUGACGAAACUGUUCCAAAGGGCGAGAUUAGAAAAACCAGGCCAGGUAGAUCCAAGAGCCGCUGAAUUCACGUUGAGCCUGCUAGCUGCCAUGUAUGACAGAUCUGGAACAGGUUAUAUAAAAACUAGAUCUGCUGCAGCUGCUCUAAUUGCCCUUUCAGGAGACACUCUACUGGCUAAAUACAGAGCUUUCUUCCAGUUUUAUGCUGUCCCUGAUGGGAAGGUGGCCUUGAUCACCCGUAGUGCCCUGAGAAGCCUACUGACAGACUUAAAUCAGAUCCCAGCCAUUGUGGGAGAAAGCUGCACUCUGUCUUGUGUGGAAAUUGCAACUCACAGCUGUUUCUGUGGGGUUCUGAAUUCAGCAAUUGUUGAAGAAAAAUUCCUGUCUUGGCUGAAAUCGGAGCCUGCUGUUCUCCUGUGGCUCCCUACAUGUUACAGAUUAUCAGCCACAGAAAUGGUUUCUCACCAAGCUAGAUGUAGAGUCUGCAAAAUUUUCCCCAUUACAGGCCUCAGGUAUCGCUGCCUGAAGUGCCUCAAUUUUGACCUUUGCCAAGUCUGCUUUUUCACUGGCCGUCUCAGCAAACCACAUAAGAGGUCACAUCCUGUUGUGGAACACUGUGUGCAGAUGUCCGCAAAGGCGAAUGCAAAGCACUUUCUCCGCACCAUCAGGAACAACCUGUUUCAAGAGCGCUGUAGAAGAAAGGAGGCUCAGAGGAGGGCUCUGGAGAUAGUGCAGAGGCACUUCCCUACUCAGAAAAAGACUUAUCCCCCUGCAGAACUCAGUGCUUCACCACUACCUGGCCCUGAAAACCUGUCUUUCCCAGUGGACAGACCUGUCCUGGCGUCACCCAAGUUCAUAUCUGAAAACAGAACUGUAACGCAGAAGAGUGAGAAUAAGAUCAAGACACCAGAGCAAGGCAAGACAAAAGCUCAGGCAAUAGCCUCUUUUGAAGCAGAUGUGUUAAAAAUGCAGGAAUCCAUCAAAAGCAUUCACAAAGAGAGCAGGUACAUGAAGAAGCAGUUCAACAAAUGGAAGGACAAAAUGCAAUUUCUUCACAACUGCCAGGAAGACAAAAGCUCCAAAAUAGAGGCAAAGCUCCAAAGCCUGAGAGCAAGCCAUGAAAACCUACAAAUGAAGCUGCAGCAAAUGAAGCAAGAAGUAAAGACAAUGUUACAGUCAUCAGAUCAUCCUUUUGCACAGUGUCAGAAUAUGAUGCCAAGAAAUCCACAUGUCCUGCUGGAAAGGAGAAUGCAGGGUGGAUUAAAUCCUGCCCAAAUAAGGCCUACUUCCAGAACAUGUGCAGACUGGAAAUCUUUGAAUCCCCCCAACUCUGCAAAUAGAUUGCAGCUUUUACAGACACCAGAGGUUCCUGCUGCAGUGGACUUUAUGUUCUCAGAAGACCCACUGGAGUCAGUGUCCCUGCAGAGCAACAGACCUUUUAUGGGACAGUUUAAAAAAGCAAAAGAGAAUCAAACGUAUCUGCCUGAAUUGACAGAAAACUCCCUCAGUGGCAUCAUGAGGAAUACAGUUCUUACUCCCACUGCAGUGCAGAUAUCACCUGAUGAGAAGGAAGUCAGUGAGGAAGUGGAACUGCAGCAGCUAAUGAUGAAACUGAAGGAUGCAUUGUCUCUCCAAGCCCAACCAGCUCAACAGUCUGCUUUGCAGAAGGAGUUCUUAUCUACAGCUGAACAUGUUUGCAGAUUGUUUUCUGACCUCAUCAACCAAGUAACUUCACCAGCUUGUAAAUGA